CGACCGUGUUCCCUUUGGUCAUUUCCCGUUGCUUUGUUCCUCAUCUCCCUCAUCCAUGUCAUGCAUGAAGUCACUUGAAAGGAAUAAUCAUGCUAAAGAAAGACUCCAAGAAUAAAAUAUAAGAGAAAGCUAAGAAAAUGCAGCCUCAAGCAUACUUGGAGCUGGUUUUCCAGUUAAGAGGCUUGAUUAGAAGUGUGGGGACUGAACCUGAUUUUUACAUCGUUGUGAAGAGUGAAGAAAGCGUUAUGGCCCGUGUCCUAUCUAGACUGCAUCACAUGCAUGGGGAAGAGGCCUGAGGGCUUGGUGGUCCACUGGGUGCACACAGGGUGCCACCACUGAGUGCCCCUCAGUAGCUCCACAGGAGUUGAACCUGGCACAGGAAAGCUCUAUUUCCAGUUCAGGAACGAAUUUCAUAUACGCCUCCCGAGAGCCCGGUGCCGAGUUACGCUUCCUCGACUCCACUUCAUGUUCCAGUGCCCCGAGCGCUCAGGAUGGAGGACGACUCGAUCCGCCUGCCCGCGCACCUGCGCUUGCAGCCAGUUUACUGGAGCAGGGAUGACGUAGCCCAGUGGCUCAAGUGGGCUGAAAAUGAGUUUUCUUUAAGGCCAAUUGACAGCAACACAUUUGAAAUGAAUGGCAAAGCUCUCCUGCUGCUGACCAAAGAGGACUUUCGCUACCGAUCUCCUCAUUCAGGUGAUGUGCUCUAUGAACUCCUUCAGCAUAUUCUGAAGCAGAGAAAACCUCGGAUUCUUUUUUCACCGUUCUUCCAUCCUGGAAACUCUAUACACACGCAGCCAGAAGUCCUACUGCAUCAGAACCAUGAAGAAGAUAACUGUGUCCAGAGGACCCCAAGGCCACCAGUGGAGAAUGUGCACCACAACCCCCCCACCAUUGAACUGUUGCACCGUUCUAGAUCACCUGUCACAGCCAAUCACCGGCCUUCUCCCGACCCCGAGCAGCGGCCCCUCCGGUCCCCCCUGGACAACAUGAUCCGCCGCCUCUCCCCGGCCGAGAGGGCCCAGGGGCCGAGGCUCCACCAGGAGAACAACCACCAGGAGUCCUACCCCCUGUCAGUGUCUCCCAUGGAGAAUAACCACUGCCCACCAUCCUCUGAGCCUCACCCGAAGCCAUCGAGCCCCCGGCAGGAGAGCACCCGCGUGAUCCAGCUGAUGCCCAGUCCCAUCAUGCACCCUCUGAUCCUGAACCCCCGGCACUCCGUGGAUUUCAAACAGUCCAGGCUCUCCGAGGACGGGCUUCAUAGGGAAGGGAAGCCCAUCAACCUCUCCCAUCGGGAAGACCUGGCGUACAUGAACCACAUCAUGGUGUCUGUCUCCCCACCCGAGGAGCACGCCAUGCCCAUUGGGAGAAUAGCAGACUGUAGACUGCUUUGGGAUUACGUCUAUCAGUUGCUUUCUGACAGCCGGUACGAAAACUUCAUCCGAUGGGAGGACAAAGAAUCCAAAAUAUUCCGGAUAGUGGAUCCCAAUGGACUGGCUCGACUGUGGGGAAACCAUAAGAACAGAACAAACAUGACCUAUGAGAAAAUGUCCAGAGCCCUGCGCCACUACUACAAACUAAACAUUAUCAGGAAGGAGCCAGGACAAAGGCUUUUGUUCAGGUUUAUGAAAACCCCAGAUGAAAUCAUGAGCGGCCGAACGGACCGUCUGGAGCACCUCGAGUCCCAGGAGCUGGAUGAACAAAUAUACCAAGAAGAUGAGUGCUGAGAGAAGCAAGCCGCGGCCUCGGCGGGCCGGCAGCUGUGGGGGGGCCCCGUACCCCCCACCCCUGCCCACCAGGGCCCCGGAGGCAUGGCAAGCAGGCGGGCUGAGAGCCGGACAGAAAGAGACCCAGAAGUGGGAGUGACACUUGUCUCGCGCAGCGGGAGGGCCCCCAGAGCACCUUAGACAAACCACCCAGCGAAGGCGGGGCUGGCAUUCUGGCCGAGGGCGUCAGCCCAGGACUCCUGGUUCCGUUUCCUCCUCAUCUGGAACCUCUCCAUCUGUAAUUCCUCACCCUCCUCACCCGUCCACCUCUUGUUAGUUCCAUGGUGUUUUUCGUUUUCGUUUGUUUUUGUUGUUUUUUUUUUUUAAGACCAUGCAGUUUGACUUUUCAUCAUCAUUCAUAGAGGGGAAGACAUCCGAGGUUGUUUUCCUAUGGAAAUAUAUAUCUAUUAUAUAUAAUCUAUUUUUUUGCAAAUCUCACAGUGUGCGGCAAGACCAGCUGGUCAGGAAAGAGAACACUUGCAAAGGGUUUCAGGUUCCUCUUGAUCCUGCCACGUGGAUCAGGUUUGUUCCUGUUGCUGUUGGGUCUUGGCUGGAAAAAAAAAAAAAAGAAAAAAGAAAAACGAAAAAAAAAGAUGCUUUUAAAAAAGACAAA